AUGGAGAAGGAGGAGACUGGCAAACAUUUGCAGUAUUGGGUUGUUAGGAUGUUCCUACUUCCCAAGUACUUGGCAAUACGAGCGAAGAGGCGUCGGAGGCUGGGCAUGCACGCCGAGAUUAUUUUGGGCCUCAACGUUGAGACUCGUGCUGCUACAAAACGCUCAAAAAGGUUGCGAGAGAUAGAAAAAGAAGGUAUAUGCCUUUGGAAAUUAGCUUCAAGUGCUCUUGGAGUUGCUAUGCCAGUUUUUGGUACUCAGAACACAGAUCCCGCUAUUCUUGAUUUCAAAAUGCGCACCUCCACAGCGCUAGCAGCCGUUGCUUUGGCUCAGUCUACAAUGGCGGCGAUUGAGCCCAGGAAUUUCAUCUUCAUCGUCCCCGAUGGCAUGGGCCCGGCCUCUCAGACCCUGAUCCGGACGUAUUUGUCCAUGACCAACGGCGACUCAACCACCCGGGCACCAAGAAUCAAAUCACUCCCUCUUGAUGUCACUGUCAUUGGAAACACUCACACACAUUCUUCCAACAAUCUGGUGACUGAUUCCGCCGCUGCUGGUACCGCUCUUGCAACCGGCCACAAGACUAACAAUGGACUUAUUGGAGUCUUGCCUGAUGGCAAGCCAGUUGGGUCCGUCAUGGAAGCUGCAAAACUGGCCGGUUAUACUACUGGUCUUGUUGUGACUUCACCCAUCAGUCACGCAACACCUGCAUCCUUCUUCUCCCACGCCGCAAGCCGCAAUUCUCUAAAUCAGAUCGCGGAGCAGUUGGUCGGAUAUAGCCACCCCCUCAACAUUAGCGUGGACCUGAUGCUCGGCGGCGGACGCUGUGACUUCCAGCCCCAGAACGAAACCGGCUCUUGCAGGACCGACAACAUCGAUCUCUUUUCCUACGCCAAGUCACAAGGCUACUACACAGCCCGAGACCGUGCCGGCUUCGAUGCUCUUGAGCUUGGUCUCGGCGACAUACAACUCCCCUAUGUCGGCCUCUUCAAGGGCGGGGACCUCAGCUACGAGGUCGAUCGCCAGCAACAAGCUGCAGAAGUCCAGGAGCCAUCGCUAUCCGAGAUGACGAAGACGGCGCUCAACUCGCUGUCGCGUGGCAGUGAAUCCAAUGAUAAAGGUUAUUUGCUCAUGAUCGAAGCAUCGCGUAUCGACCACUCAUCGCACGCCCACGACUCUGUUGCGCAUCUCCACGACGUACUCGAGUUUAACCGCGUUACCGAAGUCGUUAUGAAGUGGAUCGAAGAGCACCCUGAUACUGCUUUUCUCGCCGUUGCCGACCACGAGACUGGCGGUAUCACUCUCCCGUCCGGACACAACCCUCAAGUUCUUCAAGCAGGAAAACACUCGGUUGAGUACCUGAGUGAACAGUGGAGCAAGUACAAUGGCACCGAUGCAACUGGCUUCCUCGCCAAUGAGAUCAUUCCUGCUUACGGCAUCACCCAUGUUUCGGAUGCGGAGAUUCAGGUAUUGAUUUCUAGCAAAGACUUUGCGCAGGAGUUGGCGGACCUGCUGAAUGUCAGGGCGGGACUUGAGUGGUCAACUGGCGGUCACACAGGUGUUGAUACGACACUGUACGGCUACGCUGUUGGCGAGAUGGGUGAUCGUCUCGUCCUAGAUAUGGCUGGAGGUUGGGACAACACUGAUAUGCCCAAGUAUGUUGCCGAUGCGCUGGGUGUGGAUAUGGAUGAGGUUACCGAGCUGUUGAACGCGCAAGGAAGAGCGUGGGUGCCAGUGGAUGCGCCAGAGAGUUAGAUCUGAGUUGAAGUGUUCUUUUUAGAAAAAUAUUGACGUGCUUAUUUUUUUGAUUUAAUCUAAAGAUAAACUUGACAAGGUUAUGUUCUUGACGUUAAGACCAUAAGUGACUGGUCAUGCAGA